AUGCGAGAGCAGUCCGCAGACGAUGCGGGUUGGAGCGGCGGCGUAGGAAACAGCCGCGGCGGUGCAGGCAACGGCCGCGGCGGUAAUGGCGGCGACCGCGGCGGUAAUGACAACAAACGCGGCGUUAACGGCGGCAACGGCGGCGGUAAAGGCCACAAACGCGGCGGUACGGGCAACGACCCCGGCGGCACGGGCAACAACAGCGGCGGUAGGGGCAACAACAGCGGCGGUACGGGCGACAACCCCGGCGGUACGGGCAACAACAGCGGCGGCACGGGCAACAACAGCGGCGGUAGGGGCAACAACAGCGGCGGUACGGGCAACAACCCCGGCGGUACGGCAACAACAGCGGCGGCACGGGCAACAACAGCGGCGGCACGGGCAACAACAGCGGCGGCACGGGCAACAACAGCGGCGGCACGGGCAACAACAGCGGCGGCACGGGCAACAACCGCGGCGGUACGGGCAACAACCGCGAUGGUACAGGCAACAACGGCCGCGGUACGGGCAACAACGGCGGCGUUACAGGCAACAACGGCCGCGUAA